ACAUAAAAGUGAGAAAAAAACCUUUUGUCCUGGGAUCUAUAAAACUGAUAUAUUAUCUACCCUGAUGUUACAAAAAAAAAGUUGCUUUGCUUUGAUUUACUCUCUUAGGUUGGUUGGUGAAGACCAGUGUAAGAGGAAAGAUGCCAGUAGCUUCGACCAAACUCAAGAGAAAUUGUUUGUUUUCAAUUUUGGUGAAAAAGAGAAUAUUUAUAUUUUAAUUUUGUACUUUAAAAAAUUAUACUUUAAAUCGUUUUUUGGAUGUUCUUCUGUCUUUGGGUUGAUUUUAGCUGUAAAGGGCCACACAAACACCAUUACCCACAAAAUACCCCCUUCUUGACGUUUCUCUCUUUGUGACUUUUGAUUUGAAUAACAAUUAUUUCUUUGAUGGAGUUUUAGUGGUGACCCUUUUCUCUUCAGUUUAUUAUUAUAAUUCUCCGUUGAGAAACUUCUGGGUUUUUUUUUUCCUUUUUGAAUUUCUACUUGAGAUGUGAAAUUUGUCAAUUUUGAUCAUAUUUUCUGAGUUGGAAGUUGGGUCUUCUCUCUCAGAGGCAUGUCACCUGCAGCCAAAGUCUCUGAGUUUCACAGAGAAGGAAAUGAUUGGUUUUGCAAAACAGGUCUUCCAAGUGACAUAACUGUAGUUGUUGAUGAUGUGAAGUUCCAUCUUCAUAAGUUUCCUCUAGUGUCAAAAUGUGGGAAGCUUGCACGUAUGUAUGAAGAUUCUAGAAGUACAGAUAAGAAAGCUCUGUGGACAACAGUUCUUGAAGAGUUCCCAGGUGGAUCAGAAACUUUCCUGACAGGUGCAAGAUUCUGUUACGGGGCUCGGGUAGAUUUCACAUCGAAGAACAUAGUUUCCAUACACUGCGCAGCUGAGUACCUCGAGAUGACCAAUGAGUACGGGGAAGAUAACUUGAUAUCCCAAGUGGAAACCUUUUUGCACAAGCACGUGCUUCGAAACUGGAAAGACUGUAUCUUGGCCUUACAAAGCUCCAGUCCGGUGUUGAAAUCCGCCGAGAAGCUUCAGACAAUACCCAAACUGAUGAACGCGGUUUCCACCAUGGUGUGUACUGACCCUAGUUUGUUCGGAUGGCCUAUGAUGAUGUACGGUACGUUGCAGAGUCCUGGGGGAAGCAUUCUAUGGAACGGAAUAAACACGGGAGCGCGGAUGAGAAGCACUGGUUCGGAUUGGUGGUACGAAGAUGUGUCUUGUCUAAGUGUAGAUUUGUUUAGAAGGCUCAUCGAGACGAUGCAAACCAAAGGUAUACGUGCGGAAAGCUUAGUGGGUGCUAUGGUGUAUUAUGCGAGAAAGUACUUGCCUGGUUUGGGACGGUGGCAGAGGAGAACAAGUGGAAGCAGCAGCAAAAGCAAAAGCAAAAGCAGAGCAAGUGUUGUGGGUUUUAGUUUGGCUACAGCUUCUUCAUCUCUGUCUCCUGUUGAUCAGAUUGCUUUGCUUGAAACCAUUCUAAGUCUUCUCCCUGAAAAGAGAGGAAGAUCGUUCUGCAAGUUCUUGCUAUGUCUUCUCCGUGUUGCUUUCAUUCUGGGAGUGGAUGGGAACUGCGUAAAGAAGUUGGAGAGAAGGAUAGGGAUGCAGUUGGAGCUCGCAACGCUCGACAAUCUUCUGAUACUUAACUAUACUGACUCAGAGACUUUGUACAAUGUAGAUUGUGUAGAACGUAUGAUCCGCCACUUUGUAUCAUCAUCGUCAGAGCUAUCUGACUUCUCUCCUCCAUCGUUGGAUCCAAAGAUGUCUCCUUCCUCUUUAGCUGCGCCCUUGAGGAAAGUGGCUAAGCUGGUCGAUAACUACAUGGCAGAGGUUGCUUCUGAUGUGAAUCUGAAACCUGAUAAGAUGAGGUCUCUCGCAGCAGCUCUUCCAGAAUGUUCAAGACCCUUGUACGAUGGUCUAUACAGAGCGUUUGAUAUCUAUUUCAAGGAGCAUCCAUGGCUAUCAGAUAAAGACAAGGAACAACUCUGCAACAUGAUGGACUACCAAAGACUCUCGAUAGACGCUUGCGCUCAUGCUUCCCAUAACGACAGGUUGCCGCUCAGAGUUGUUCUUCAAGUCCUAUUCUUCGAACAAAUGCAUCUCAGAACCGCACUUGCAGGGGGCACAAACACCGGAACAGCUCGCAUUCCAGGACAAGAAAUAGUUGAGAGAGAUGGGUGGGUGACGGUGGUGCGCCAAAACCAGGUUUUAAAAGUUGAUAUGCAGAAAAUGAGGUCAAGGGUUGGAGAGCUGGAAGAGGAGUUUCAGAAUAUGAAGCAGGAAAUGAAGAAGAAGAGAGUGAGCUCGCCUCGUCUGGUCAAGAUGGGCUGCAAGUUUCUUCUUCCACGACCCUCUGAUGCCAAGAAUGAUACAGUCCAUGGAUCUGUGUCCAGCACUCCCAGAUCUGCUGCUGAACACUCACUGCCUCGCUCUUCCCGCCAUUCCAAACACCGGAAAAGCUUCUCAUUUUUCGGAUGAAUCUCCCUCCCAAGCGGAGCAGAAGCUGUGUCAUUUGGAACUGGAUCUCUUUCCGUUAAGCAAAGCCUUCUGAUUCUCUAUUACUCUUCGGUUUAAGAGUAUUUACUGCGGUUUUCUCUCAAGGUAAAAGUUUUGAAUACUCUUGAUAGUGUUCUCGGACAAGUCAUGCCUUUGUGAUCUUGGUGGUGGUUUUUGGGAAAUGGGGUAUACUGUAAAAGUAAAUAACUAGAGUUAGGAUCUAUAGAGAAAAGAGGGUAUAAUUCUUGUCUGAUUUGAUAUGAUUCUGUUUGAAUCUUCGUAGAUGUGUUGUUGUGUCAACCUGUGUGUAACACUUUCUUCUGUAUCUACCUACAACCAUGUUGCUGUUUUGUCCAUAAAUAUAGGAUCUUUUAUACU